UUUGUCGCUAUGUAUUCAUUGGUAUUAGGCAUUGUUUUCAUUACUGUUGUGAAUGAACUACUAGGGAGGUUCAAUCCAUUUCUUGUAACAGUGUGGCAGGGUUCAAGAUUGGGUCUCGAGAGACUUUUCGGGUUCGUUUUGAUGCGAUGGUUGGUGAGAUAUAUACUAACGGAUCUCCUUGGGUCGUGGUAUUUUGGCAAAAUCGAAGAUCAGGACACAUAUUUGAAGCUUUAUGUCAUGUUUAAAUUGAUGCCGUUUUCGAUCAUGUCUCCGUGGAUUAGUGGUCUUGAGAGAGAGAUUUCGGGGUUUUCGAUUACGUGCUUCUUGACCGAUACGUUCUUGGCUUUAAUGUUUGCUGGGGAUAUUUGGGUUGCGAUUGUGGAUCAGUGGAGGACGCUAACGGAGAUAAUGGAGGAAGGUUGUUAUUUGACGUUGACGAUGUUGAGACAGAGUAUCCAUAUUAUCCUUUUCGAAGCUAUCUUUUGCGGCCCGUUUGUGGGAGGAAUUCUUACUCAGGCCUUUGGGAAGUUUUUUGCAAUGGUGUUUCAGUCAGCUCUGGAGGUUUAUUUCAUGGUGGCUUGGCUCAUGCUUUACAUUUAUGCGAGGUAUAGGGAUUCUAGUAUCCGCGGUGAGACGUUUCGGAGGAGAGAGUUGUAGGGUUUGGUUAACUUGUAGGAAGCUGUACCUGUGAUUAGCGCUGCCAUUGUUGGGUCGGAGUCUCCGUCAAU